CCGUUCUAGUCCGCCAAAAACCGGAAAGCUUUACACGUUGUCCAAUGUGUUGUUACAUGUGUGAUGAUUGUGAAGUAAUGUGCUAUGAGAAUACUGAACGGGAAGGUGUUUAAACAUCUGGGCUGUUCACUAUUGAGCUCCUGUCUUCAUCAGAAACACUUGGUGACGUGCUUGCCUGCCCAACACCCGGCAUACGCCGACUAAAUUGGCGGGAUGUUGGAGGCUAGCAUUUUGAGUACAAGCCCCUGGAACGCUGACCCAUUCCUCUGGAAAGAUGCAGAGUCGGUCCUGGGGUUUGACCAGCUUCUGCCAGAAAAGCUUGAUUGCCUUGUGGAGGACGACUUCGAAAGCACGGACGUCUCGUGUCCAGUUUCUUGUUCCCCUCCUUCACCUCUUCGACACGUUCUGGAUGUCCAGGAGGAAUCGGACUAUGCGGACAUAUUGUUGGACUUCUCCGUGGCUGAAGAAGAGACCAACGUGUCGUCCGUUGCAGGUCUUGACAACUUGAGUCUUGACGUGGCUGUGGAUUCCGAUUGGAGCAGCGAACCUCCAAGCUGCUGCGACGACGACCCCUGGAUGGGAAUGCCCAAGCUGACAAGGCCCGCACGACUACCCGACCUGCUACCCGUGCCACGCUCAAAAUCAUGGCUGCUAAUGACUGCUGAGGAACAACUGAGGACUGUAGAGGCCCUGACUGAGGUAAUCAGCCGACGGCUUGACCUUCGGGAACAGGUGGAAGUCAUCAGGAUCAUAGAUCCAAAUGCUGUGCUUCACCCUUCCGAUAAGGAAUUUGUUAUAGACCUUAAACACCUCGAUGACCACAAACUCCGCCAAAUAGCCGACUAUGUCCAGCGUCACGCUGCCGAUUGGGAGCGGAUGGAUGAUGGCAACACUGACCCAGUGUCUGCCGGAAAGCGUAGCAGAUCCCAGGGUACACGGUCCCGCAACUCUGGAAGUACCGAAUCGUCAGUGACGUCUGAAAUUAGUGCACCACUCACAAAGAGGGAAGCCCGGCAAAGGCGGAGGCAGCACGCGAAAACGUGGAGGCAGCGGAAAGCGCGCCAGCAGCUGCAGAAGGAACGCCGCAGCGGUCUCUUUGUCAACGAACAGGUGCUCUCCCUUAGUGAAAACACGGCCAGCUCUUUCCAAGACGAGGAUUUUGAAGUAGACGAAAACGAAGAGGUCGAUAUUCUGCACUGAGGCAAAAGAGAGCUCCUUCUUUUUUGGUUGCUUGUAAAAAAGAAAAAAAAAAAGAAAAUGAGAACAACCCUUUCGGAGAGGUGUGAACGCUGUCAAGGUCAAGAGGUCGAGUCUGCUAGGAUAGUACUAUUUAUACAAUUGUGGGGCGGCAUUGCUCCGCGAGGCGGUGAGAGUGCUUUGUAAAGGUGCACAGAGGCAACAUUGUGUUUAGAGGGGUAUGUUUUGCUUUUGGCAGCAGGAAAGUUAAAUUGGAAGUGGAUGGAUAGGAUGAUGGUAAGGAAAGGGGUACAUCAUAGAUCAUAUGGGAUGGUACUUAACUCUCUUUUUUUUUUUUAAUCAUUUACUUUAUUGUAAUUUGACAUUCAUUUGGCAGCCAUUCAUGGCUGAACUUCGGAAAACUUAAAAGUGGGUUAGAGUUUUGUUCUCUUAUUAUUAUUUUUUUCCUUCAGAGGCAGAGUUGAGGUACCAUAAAAUGCAGGUUUUCCUAAAAUGUAAAUAGAACCCUGUGUGGAUUACUUACGCUUGGACAACAUACAUUGUUGCAAGCGCAGUGUACAGUUUUCUAUGAAUGUGCACCAGCACAUUUCUUACUGCCAUAAAUAUUGUUUAAAGGAGUGGCUAUCUGACUUAUUUUUGAAGUUGCCUGGAAAAAAAAAAAGGGAAUGGGACUAGUAAACCAAUACGAUAGACUACGAUAUGGAUUUCAUACCAGCACAGAAGUUAUAUUUAGGCAUGUAGUCUUCAGUGGCUCCAUCUACCAUUAUUCCGAUUCUUCAUAACAUUGGUCUAGAUUUCCAGUAGUAGUCUGCUAGGGUUUGCUUCCUAUGAGUACAAAAGCAGUAGGAUCAGGAUCAAAUUGAUACUCGUGAAAUAUAUUUUUGAAAGCGGAAACAAUAAUGCCCACAGUGCCUUUACAAAAUGUCACUGAAAAUGCUUUAUUUUUCUUUCUUGGAUGAAAUAAAUGAAGUGCAUUUUAUUUA